AAGGGACCUCUGCUGUAAAUGAUGGAGCACCACAACUAGGCAUCAUUUUGAGUUAAAGCCACAGUUAUUAUAACCACAGAAUGCAAUGCUUUUCCUUCAGAGUAGCUGUACUUGGUUGCUGCGGUGGUUUCUGGCUGAUGGGGCAAAGGAGAGUUGGCUGGUGUUGGCAAGCAGAUUUUGAGACGCUGCUGAUUCUAGGGGCUUGCCUUUUCUUGUGCUGUGAGACACUGCAGGCUCAAUUCGGGAGCGGAGGUGCAAUUCAGGCUGUUGGAACACUGGGGGAAGGCUGGGACAGGCGGGGCUAGCAGAGCUCUGCAGCUGAUCACACGCACCAACAACACCACACUCCCACAGACCCUCUGCUCUUUCCUCUCUUUCUCCCUCUCUCCCUCCUGCUCCCUCUCUCUCUCUCUCCCUCACGUUCUCUCUCUCUCUCUCUCUCUCUCUCUCUCUCUCUCUCUCUCUCUCUCUCUCUCUCUCUCACACACACACACACACACACACACACACACACACACACACACACUGAAGUGGAAAAGGGGUAAGGGGUAGGUUGGAGAAGAGAGAGGUAAAUGCUCUUGUUAUGAAGAGGAAACAGAGGAACAGCGUUCCUCUUUGACCUGAAAGUGUGAUCGCCAGCUUCCAGCUUUAACCUCCUUGCUAAAGGCAUCACUUCGAUUUGCCAGGAAAGGGUUGGGGGUAGGGGGAGAAAGGGGAGGGGAGAAGAGACGCAGUGAAACUAGGAGCUGUGCCCAGCAUACCAGGAUUCCUUUGGAGGGGGGGGGGGUGUUCUCUGGUGCGCACUGGAGCAGGCGGGCUAUCGGGGAGUUGCGUUGGCACCCGACGUGGUAAACCAGGAAAAGUGGGGGCGAGGAAGGAAACAACCUGGGAGUAAGAGGCUUUUGAGAAGGGAAGACACUGCUGCUACUGCUGCCUUCUCUUCCUCCCUUGUAUUCGCCGCACCGCCCCCCCCCCCCCCAUUGGCGAUCCCUCUCCCAGAUCUGGUACUGCCAGUCCCGUCGUCUCUUCGCGGGGGGCGGCCCUGCCACUCUUGGGUCCAGCUGAAGAGCCCUGUCUGGCGCCAGUGAAAGCCUGGCCGGGCAUCGAAUUGAAGGAAGUCUCGGAUUUGCCUCUAAGAAGGGCACUGCUGUGCUAUCUUCUGAGAACGAAGGAAGGGGGGCGUUUUGUGGGGUGUCGCAUCAGAACUGGUCAGACAUGCCUUUGUAUCCAAUUUUGGCGGAAGGAUAGGAACCCAGAGUGGAGAGGAAGCAGGGAGACUGACACGGGUAGCCUGGAAGAGGGGUGGCUUUGGGGGGAGGGGGGUGGGUCCAGGGAAGCAGUUCAGUCUUAGCUGCUCAGCUAAUAUGCAGGUGGAGUGGGAGUAGGGUGUUUUUCGGGGGGGUUGUUUUUUGUUUGUUUGUUUGUUUGUUUUGUUUUGUUCUUUAAUGUUUUGUUUUUUAUUACAACUUGCGGGUACAACCGAAGGGAGAGAGAAGUGAAGAAAAGAGGUAGAAGGAAAGGGAAAUGAGGAAAGAAGAGAGAAAAGAGCUUUAAUUGUACAAAGGUAAAACUAGGCUCUGUUCUUGCCUGUAUUUCUCCUGCUGUUAAGUGUGGGAGAGCACCCCCCCCCCUUUUUUAGGACUCAAAUCAGAAAGAAGGAAUUUGUCCCAGGGGAGGUGCCAAGGCGCUGUACCUGAGCAGGAAAGGAAAAGGGGGGCUAAGAGACUUAGGAUACCUGCUUGGGUAUCCUCCCUCCUUCCUUCCCUCCCCAUUUGCUUCUCCUCUCAUUUCCUACCCCCCUCCCCUUUGUUGGUAUUGGUUUGCAGCGCUUCGCUCCUGCGCCUCCUUCCUUUUUGAAUCUGGCCCGCUCCCCCGUAUUAUGUCUGCGCUCCGCAGGAAAUUUGGGGACGACUACCAGGUAGUGACCACCUCGUCCAGCAGCGCGGGCUUGCAGGGCCAGGGGCCCCAGCAGCAGCAGCAGCAGCAGCAGCAGCUGGUUCCUAGGAAGAAGCGGCAGCGAUUCGUGGAUAAGAACGGGCGGUGCAAUGUGCAACACGGCAACCUGGGCAGCGAGACGAGCCGCUACCUUUCCGACCUCUUCACCACUCUGGUGGACCUCAAGUGGCGCUGGAACCUGUUCAUCUUCAUCCUCACCUACACUGUGGCGUGGCUCUUCAUGGCGUCCAUGUGGUGGGUGAUCGCCUACACCAGGGGAGACCUGAACAAAGCCCACGUCGGCAACUACACGCCCUGUGUGGCCAAUGUCUACAACUUCCCCUCUGCUUUCCUCUUCUUCAUCGAGACUGAAGCCACCAUCGGCUAUGGUUACCGCUAUAUCACCGACAAGUGCCCCGAGGGAAUCAUUCUCUUCCUCUUCCAGUCAAUCUUGGGCUCCAUCGUGGAUGCCUUCCUGAUCGGCUGCAUGUUCAUUAAGAUGUCCCAGCCCAAGAAGCGGGCGGAGACCCUUAUGUUCAGCGAGCACUCAGUGAUCUCCAUGAGGGACGGGAAGCUGACACUCAUGUUCAGAGUGGGAAACCUGCGAAACAGCCACAUGGUCUCCGCUCAGAUCCGCUGCAAGCUGCUCAAAUCUCGACAGACACCUGAGGGUGAGUUCCUCCCCCUUGACCAACUUGAACUGGAUGUAGGUUUUAGUACAGGGGCAGAUCAACUUUUUCUUGUUUCCCCCCUCACAAUUUGCCACGUGAUCGAUGCCAAAAGCCCCUUCUAUGACCUAUCCCAGCGAAGCAUGCAAGCUGAACAGUUCGAGAUUGUCGUCAUCCUAGAGGGCAUUGUGGAAACAACUGGGAUGACUUGUCAAGCUCGGACUUCAUAUACUGAAGAUGAAGUUCUUUGGGGCCAUCGCUUUUUCCCUGUUAUUUCCUUAGAAGAAGGAUUUUUUAAAGUUGAUUACUCUCAGUUCCAUGCAACCUUUGAGGUCCCCACCCCUCCUUACAGUGUGAAAGAACAGGAGGAAAUGCUUCUCAUGUCCUCCCCUUUAAUAGCACCAGCCAUAACUAAUACUAAAGAAAGGCAUAAUUCUGUUGAAUGUCUAGAUGGAAUAGAUGACAUUAGUACCAAACUCCCAUCAAAGUUGCAGAAAAUUACUGGAAGAGAAGACUUUCCCAAAAAACUUCUAAGAAUGAGUUCUACAACUUCAGAAAAGGCCUACAGUUUGGGAGACUUACCCAUGAAACUUCAACGAAUAAGCUCAGUUCCUGGCAAUUCAGAAGAAAAACUGGUAUCUAAAACUACAAAGAUGUUGUCUGAUCCCAUGAGCCAGUCAGUGGCUGAUUUGCCACCAAAGCUUCAAAAGAUGUCAGGAGGUACAGCCAGAAUGGAAGGGAACCUUCCAGCCAAAUUAAGAAAAAUGAACUCUGACCGGUUCACAUAACAAGAGCAGACUUUUAGGUAUUAUUUAAAGUUGAAGUUAGUAGUAGUCCAAAUUUUGUCUCACAAAGUAAGCCUCUCCAUAGGACAGACUGUGAAAAAGGUGUUGUUUCCCUGUGUAUUCCAUGCAUCCACAGCAACAUUGCUCCUCUCAAGUAAUGCUGACUAUGCAGAGAAUAGAAAUUGUAGUAAGGGAAAGUUAAAAUGGACCUGCUAUUAUUAACUGGCAUGUAGUAUCACACCAAGCAUGCAAUAAUGUGCAAAUUUCACAUUUAGUUUUAUGGCAUGAUUCUUACUAUAUUUAUAUUGUAUAUUCUGAAAAAUAUUUAAGGAGGUGUUAUCCUCCCCUAUAUUUCUAAAGUGUAUAAUAGACAAAAAUGAGUAGAUAACUUUCAGGGCACACUAUAACUUUAAGUUAAUAUAUAUAUACAUAUAUGUAUGUGUACCUAUGCACAUAUAUACAUGUAUAUAUAUUUUUCCAAUAGAGAUUGUAUUGUUUUGUUCAAAACAAUAUUCCUACUGCAUGUUUACUUUAUUAGAAUGCUAAGGCUAUUGGCAUUACAAAUUUAUUAACCAAUUCCUUGAGCCUUAAAUUAUUUGUCAUUUUAAAAUUUGAUUUAAUGUUUGUUUCAGUUUAUCUGUCACUUAGGAUCAUGGGAGGCUUUCACUUAUACUUUAUAAGAAGCUUUCACUAAGUUUGUACUAUUUUAGGGCUGUGCAAAUGAUAACACUUAUAAAGUUAACUUUUUAAAUACAAGAUACAAAUAUGCAGUAAUAUCACUGUAUAAAGUGUCUGAUUUUUUAACAAAUGAUAUGAAAAUGCUAAAAUUGGGAAAUAUUGCUUGAUUUGAGAUCUGCAGAAUUUGGUCCCUUUCCUGGAAUGGUUAAGCCUCUUUCUUAAACUCUUGAGAAGGUUUAAAUAAUUAUGUUUUCUAAAAAUAUCAAAAGACUUACAAUCUCAAAUAGCUUCAUAUAGGACCUAGCAUAUGAAUAAAUGCUGAAUCAUUAUGGUUAUAAUUAGGAGUCAAGUUACUUUGAAUAUACCAGAAUCUGAUUACAAGUUCACUGAUGAAUGCUUUCUAUUUCAGCCUGAAUCAACUGGACCCAAUGAAUGUUGUUUGUGGAGUUUUGUCACUUUUAAAACCAAGAAAUUAUCUUUAAACAAGAUGACCAUUUAACAGUGACCUAUGAAAAAUAUCUAUCUAUAACAAAUGUGUCUAAAUUGAUUUCAAGUUUUAUUCUAUUCCUCUCUGAUUUUAUUACCCUCAUUUCUUACCUCACUUUUAAUAACUUUUUCCAUGUUUUGAUUCCAUUAACUUGGAAGGGAACUUGGUGUAUAGAAGAAAUGCAUGGGUUGUAGAAAAAAACAGAAAUCCAAUGGAAUAGGAAUACCUUCAGAACAGUGUUAGCAAGCUUUUGGCUCCAUUAGGCUCCCUACUCUAAUUAGUCUGAUCCAGCAUGCAUUUCCUUAAGCACCUACCUAGCACAUACAGGGCACUCUGAUAGGCACUAUGACUAUAAAGAUAAAACAAAGACAUUCUCUGCCCCUCCUCGGGCUCUUACAUACUAUAGGGGAGAAUGUAAACAUUUAAACAAAUAAGUAUAUACAUAUUCAUUGGAGGAGGAAGAAGAAUGAGGCUAUUGCUAUAGCUAUUGCUAGCAGAAUCAUGAAGUACUUGGAGUUGGCACAUGAACUGAGCCUUAGCCAACUGAAUUUUUCUGAUCCCAAUUUCUAACAUUUUUGAAAAGUUAAAAAGAAAAUGCUGUUACUGAUCAGUGGAAUACUAGAGACGGUGAUUUUGAAUGAAUGAAAAAGUCAGCAAUUUGAAGAGCCAACCAUUAUAUACAUACACUGUCUCUUAAAGACCUUUUCUCCUAAGCAGCAAUCAAUGAUGAAAGGGGUUGAAAAAGCAGUGAUUUACCUUACUUUUUGUUUUCUUUAUUAUAGGAGUGUGUGUGUAUACUCUGACUCAGUAACUUCUUAAGGAUCAUUGUAUCAUAAAUUUAGAGCUGGAAGCAACCUUGGUAGAAAUCAUCAGAUUCAGCUCCCUCAUUUUACAGAUAAGGAAACUAAAGAUACAAAUGGUUAAAUAACUUGCUGAGGGUCACAAAGCUGGUAAGAGUGUGAGAUUGUAUUUAGACUCAGGUCAUCCUCACUCUGGGUUCUGUUCUCAAUAGUUAUAUGGCAUAUUAAUUGGUUGUUUUUUUUUCUGUGGGUCUAUUGUGUGCUUCCUGUAGCAGUAGGGUAGUUGUUUGGGCUAAAUUUAAUUAGGUAAAUUCUAUUUUGAAUAAUUUAAAACUGUGGUUCUCAAAGUUUGGAGGUCAUCAAGACCCUUUCUGUUGGACCUACAGUACAAAACUAUUUUCAUAAUAAUACUAAAACUUUAGUUUUAAUUUCUAAAAUGGUAAAUAUUUAUAGUUAGAACUCACAAAAGCAAAAAAAAAAACUUUCUGGAGAGAUGUUCUCAGUAAUUUUCAAGAAUAUUAAGGGAUUCUGAGACCAAAAAGUUUGAGAGCCACUCAUUAAUAAAUAGAGGCCCAGCUGUGUGAUACUCCUUGAUCUUUCAAGGCUCCCAGGCAAAAUUUUAGAGGUGACAAAAUAAAAAAGGCCUUCCCCAUCUUGUUUCAAUGAAAGAAAUUCCAAGCUCUGAUAAUAUCUCUCUUUCAUUCUCUCCCUCUCUCUCUCAUAAAUAUUUACUCACUAGUAAAUUAUGAGAGUAGUAACUCAUAGCAUUAAGACUGAAACAUCAGAAUAGGCAAAUUUCCUACUGAUUGAGACAUCAUUAGUUCUCCGUCUUACAGUGGCAUCUCCCCUUAUGCAAGUGUCUGAUUAUCCCAAAUGUAAUUUAUUUACUUAAGAGUAAAGUUUCAAGACAUUAUGAAUCUUGCUGGAGUAAGGUGAUUAAAAGUUCAUGAUGAGCCAGUCAACAAGCCUUUAUUAAAUCUUGAAGUAAAAAAUCAAGAUAACACCCCCCAAAAAAAUCAAAAGAGGAUCAAAUCAAAAAGUUUAAAAAGAGGAUAAUAUCAAAAGGAAGGUAUGGUUUAGUAAUUAGUCAACAUUGAAUAUCCAACAUGUACAGAGCCCAUUCCAAGCCCUCCAUUUUAACUCACUUGCUGAAGGAAAUUGAUAGAUUAUUUAUUUGUGUGUUGGGGAUAGUGGUAUUUUAUUUUUUGGUGAAUGUUGCCUUAUAUGAACCACAGACAUCAUUUCCAGAAGGGAACUGUCUGAAGUACAUUUUUACAUUUGACUUAUUUCCAAGAUCUCUCUAUUUCAAAUGGAUUUGUCUGAGUGAAUCUUGUUCGUUCUUGUUGUCUCUUUUUGUGAUAUAGCACUUUGCUUUCUAGGAAUGGGGGUGAGAGACGCCCUGGGUAGUCAUGUCAUUCUCAGUGAAUUCAUUACUAUGAAGCAGAACUGUGUUCACAACUAUACCAAGUAUAGCUAAGAGAUAAAUGAUGCCCUUUUCUCUCACAUCACCAGUUAUUGGCUCUCUCUGACCUCUAGCCCAACCAAGUCAUCUUAGUUCUGAAUUGUUCAACCUGGAGGCCUCUUGUCAAAGUGAUUUCUUGGAACUUGUGUUUACUUUGUAUAUGGCACCCUUCCUUAGCACAGAGGCCUUAAGCAUUUUUAUGGACUGAAUAAAAUAUAAAUUUCUGGGCACUGAAACUUGACAGAUUUUAUGAGACUUAGGACUUGGGAAAGAGUGUGUGAUAAAAAGAAGCCUGCCUCAAAAUGAUCUUUGGCCCAUUUAUUUUGUGUUCAGUAUUAUAAUACACACUGGAAAGAAACCCUCUGCACUACAAAAUGUUUGCUGAAUUGAAUAAUCCUUCUUGAGUUAGUUACUGGAAAUAUUACUUUUUAAAGAGUUCUCAUGUUGCAGAACCCAUCAAAUUGAACAUGUUCCAACUUGAUUCAUCCAAAUGCUGUAAAUAAAUAAAUGAAAUAAAAUAAUUUUGAUAAUUUGUGUCUUCAACUUUAAAAAUCACUUGUGAAUUCAUAUCUUAACCAUCUGAUAUGAAAUGAAAAUAUAUUCUUUGAUGAGUGUAAUGAAAAUAACCACCAGAACAUGAUUCUGUUUGAAUUUUUAACUUAAGGAAGGUUGGCAAUUAACUAGUACAAUGAACUUCUUUGUCCCAGUACAUAAGCCAAUCACUUCUGGUAGUAACAUAGCCACUUAGAGAGGCAAUUUGACUCUUUUAGAGAAAAUGAGGGCAACAAUGCAUCUUUGCUAUGAAAGAAUGAUAUAAAGUGUCCAAAAGCUGCCUCAUGCUCUGUUUGUAAGACUACUACUGUCUCAUCUCUUAUAGUUUUGCUCAGCCUGGGGGUUUAACAUUAUAAAGGAGGUUCAGAUUAACUGCACAGCAGGUCUGUGUUCUCUACUGUGGAAUCUAUGCUUGAAUUAUACUGUAAAUUGUACAUAUUUAAAUUAGAAUCCAACUAAUUGCAUUUUCUGGCAUGCAAUCUCUAAUUACAUAAAUGUACAACUUCAUUUGGGUUAUAAAAACUAUAAACUCUUGUAUUCACUACUGCAAGCUCAGUUUUAUCAAGGCUUUAUUAAACUUUCAAAAUAUUGUUGGGUUUAA